AUGAAAUUCGCUCAAAAAGUCAUUCUUUUAACCGCUGCUGCAUCGAUCGCUUCCGCUGCUCCAGCUCCAGCUCAAGUCACUGUCACCCAAGGGGUCACUGUCAGAGCUAUCGUCUACGUCAAAGAUGGUCAAACUCAAACUGAUUUGACCACUCUAGGUCAGAACGCUGCUCCAACUACCGUUGCUGCUGCCGCCGCCGCCGUUACCACUACUGCUGCUCCUGCUUCAGCUAAGGUUGCCGUUCAAGCCGCUGCCGCCAUUCAAGAAGAUGUCGUACUAAGUGGUGCUGCCUCUCAACAACAAGCUGCUACCGUCACUCUUGCUCCAGCUGCUGUCUCUACUACUUCUACUCCAGUUGCUGCUGCCGCCGCUGCCACUACAACUACCCCAGCUGCUGCCGCUGCUACUACCGCUGCCGCUGCUGCCUCUUCUGACGAUUCAAACUUGUCCGAAUUUGCUUCCUCUGUUCUAAAUGAACACAACGCCAAGAGAGCUCUACAUCAAAAUACUCCAGCUCUAUCAUGGUCUGAUGAUUUAGCUUCUUAUGCUCAAAAUUACGCUGACGCUUACGAUUGUUCAGGUAAUUUAGUCCAUUCUGGUGGUCCAUAUGGUGAAAACUUAGCCUUAGGUUAUGAUGCCGUCGGAUCUGUUGAUGCUUGGUACAACGAAAUUAGCUCUUAUGAUUACUCUAACCCAGGGUUCUCUGAAAAUGCUGGCCAUUUCACUCAAGUCGUAUGGAAAUCAUCUACUCAAGUCGGUUGUGGUAUUAAAGAUUGUAGUGCUACUGGUUGGGGAAGUUAUGUCAUUUGUUCUUACAACCCUGCUGGGAACUUCAUUGGCGAAUUCGCUGAAAAUGUUGAACCAUUGGCUUAA